GUGACACCACAGGAAACGUGUGCAUGACGGGUUUUGCACUCGGCUGCGACGUCUUUUUCAGACCGCCGAUAUCGCUCCUCCUCGCUUCUCUGUCGGUGUGACGUGGCUGUGAGUACACCCUUAAAGUAGCAUUCACUUGUGUUGAAAAAAAAAGAUCGCCACAAGGCAUGCUGGGUAGCUUGUGGUACUCUCAUCUCGAUAUUGAAUAUUUAGCCGUGUUUGUCGAGGAGGUCAUCAGAGAAGUAAACAAGGGGAAGAUCAAAUACUCGUCAUAGUUUAUAUCGGUGUGAUAUAUUACUACCCAGCAUGCCUUGCGGCAUUUGGAAAUAAGAGUUUUAUGUUACUUAGUUGUUUAUCAGCCCCAUAGUAGUAGUAGUUAUGUGAAGCGUUACCUUGUUCUAGAUGUGUUGUAUGUCGUUGAAGUAUUUUGUUGUGCUGGGUGAUCAUCAAUGUGAAAAUGGAGGGAAAUAUAGUAGCCCCUCCCUUUGCGGCCUCCGCUAUUUGGGACUAUUUGGGACUUUGAAGCCGCUGGUUGGUCCCAGCAAAGUCAUCCAACGUGCCUUCAUGGACUUUGGACGCCGGAGCGUCCUUGAACUCGUUCUCCAAAAGCUGGAAGCCGGAAGUCACGUAUGUUCAAACUACGUAUGGCGACUUCCCUCCAGGCAGUACUACGAGUAUUUAUUUAUUACCAUGCGUCCUGAGGUUGUGGAAGUACUUUUUUUAUUUCAUGAUGUCAGGUGUUGAGGAAGAAUAAAGGAAUCUUAUGUUUUUUUUCUUCAUCAUUCCUGACCCAAACCAACAUAAAAUGCAGGAUGUUUUAUUCCUGGCCGGCUCGCCACAUCCUGAAACCUACCAAAAUAAAAGCACCUCAGGAGAAGAAGCACCUGCAUGUCUCAGUCUUUACCUGGCUUAGGUAUAACGGUCGUGUUCCUCAUUUCCCUUUGCCUGUGCGUGUUAGGCUACAAUAUGGAUGUGGUUUGAGCUGUGCGUAAUUACGCACGGUGACGCCCGCUUGGGAUUCCGCUUUUCGUGACACAGCGCGUGUGUGCAUGUGGGUGGGGGAGAGAGAGAGAGAGAGAGAGAGAGAGAGAGUGUGUGUGUGUGUGGGCGUGGUUUCUAUGAAAGUGUAGUUUUCUCUCGCGUUCCUCCUCGACUUGAAAAGUGCAGUCAGGGGCGGGAAAGUUGCGCAGAAAAGUCUUCAGUGCCCCCCUCCCUCCCUCCCCUCCUCCACAGACGAUGCGCAGCUUUGCAAAGAUGGCUCGUUUGGAAGCUCCCACUUGUGGAAUAUUGUUGGACCUCAGCCAAAAGACUUCCUCCUCCUUUCGGCACUUUUAGGAGCUCCGCGCGUGUUCGGUGGCGCCACACAUCCCUGCUGAGAUGAAGACGAUCUUCUACAUCGUCAUAGAAGUGAUCAUCGCUCUUCUCUCCAUAUCCGGUAACGUGCUGGUGUGCUGGGCCGUGGCCAUCAACACCACCCUGAAGAACGCCACCAACUAUUUCCUGGUGUCUUUGGCCGUGGCUGACAUCCUGGUGGGGUGUCUCGCCAUCCCCUUCGCCAUCACCAUGAGCAUCGGGAUCCGACUGGACUUCUACGGCUGCCUCUUCCUGGCCUGCUUCGUCCUGGUCCUGACCCAGAGCUCCAUCUUCAGCCUCCUGGCCAUUGCCAUCGACCGAUACCUGGCGGUCAAAAUCCCUCUGAGGUACAAAGAGCUGAUGACAGGAAAGACGGCCAGAGAGAUCAUCGCCAUCUUGUGGAUCCUGUCCUUUGUCAUCGGACUCGUCCCUUUCUUCGGUUGGAACUUCAAGCACUCGAGCUGCGGGAACGGGAACUCCACAGCGGACAACCACACAGGCGGCGCCCUCCAGGCGGGGUCGAGGGGCGGAGACGUGCCGCGGAGCUGCAAGCUGCGGUGCUACUUUGAGAGCGUGGUGGACAUGGAGUACAUGGUCUACUUUAACUUCUUCGUGUGCGUGCUCCUGCCGCUCCUCAUCAUGCUGGGCAUCUACAUGAAGAUCUUCACGGUGGCCAGGAUGCAGCUGCGGCAGAUCGAGCUCAAGUGCGUGGCCAACGGGGACAGCCACCACCACGGCCUGCUGCAGCGGGAGAUCCGGGCCGCCAAGUCGCUGUCCAUCAUCGUGGGGCUCUUCGCCGUCUGCUGGCUGCCCGUUCACAUCCUCAACUGCCUGACGCUCUUCUACCGGGAGCUGCACAAGCCCAAGCUGGUCAUGUACGUGGCCAUCAUUCUGUCCCACGCCAACUCGGCCGUCAACCCCAUCAUCUACGCCUACCGCAUCCAGGACUUCAGGAACACCUUCCGCAAGAUCCUGUCCCGGCACAUCCUGUGUCGCAGAGAGGAGCAGUACCUCAGCUCCAACGGCAGCGGGCGCAACAGAGACCGGGUCCACAUGACCGUGGACCCCCUGCUGUAGAGUCCGGUGUUUUCCACUUUGUCGUGUUUACAGCAGCAGGGGACGGCGUCGCUUUCCUGCUGCCGAGGACUACUCUCCUGUCGUCGCUCUUACGUAACGCUAACCGGAUGUGACGGUGAACCUUUGCCACGUCCUAAAACGCUAUUUAUCCUUGUCAAUCAGCCCUGCUCCGACUGCAACACUCCGCCUUUUAAGCCCGCCCAGUGGGCGUGGCUUCUUCAUCUUAUUUAUUACAACGUUGUACCUUUUGUGAAUGUCGACAUCAAACAUCAUGGGGAGUUUGAACCUGUACUACUUGUGGCAGUACAAGUACACAAGUGCUUGUGUGGUUAGUUUUGAUCACUGCCCCCACCGCCCCAGCCCCCUCCCCAGCCCGCCCCCGUGUUUCCUUUUGUGUACGACAGUGGAACCUGUUUUAAGUCGGCAUAACCAAAAGUGAAACUAGCCUUUGCUUGCACAUUUACUUGGAGGAUGGAAUAGAAAGUAAUUUUAUGGCUUUUCCUCCAUUUCUGUGUCUUUUUAUUUGGAUUAUUCUGUUUUUUAUAUGAUAUUUGAUACUUUUACUUAAGCACGUCUCGACUACAAUGACAUCCAAGUUUUGUACAUGUGCAGGUUUCUCUUCUGGUGGCUAACAAUGUAAAACAAAAAAAAGGUGCAUUUUGUUAGCUGAUGUGCUAGAAUCCGGGAUAAUACUGCCAUGCUUUUAUAUUGAAGCUUACUUUGCACUGAACAGGAAGUCACUGUGCGUUGUAAUGCUGUGUAGCUCGAUGUUAGCGUGGAUGGACCCUUUUUUAUAGAAGUUACCUCUUUGGUCCGCACAUUUUAAUGUGGACAGACCAUGUUUGUCGACUUAGGAGGGCGCAUGGUGGACGGGUUGUCGACCUAAGCGGGCGCACGGUGGAUGGGUUGUCGACUUAAGCGGGCGCAUGGUGGACGGGUUGUCGACCUAAGCGGGCGCAAGGUGGACAGGUUGUUGACCUAAGCGGGCGCAUAGUGGACAGGUUGUUGACCUAAGCGGGCGCAUAGUGGACAGGUUGUCGACUUAAGCAGGCUCAUAGUGGACAGGUUGUCGACUCAAGCGGGCGCAUGGUGGACGGGUUGUCGACUUAAGCGGGUGCACGGCGGACGGGUUGUCGACUUAAGCGGGCGCAUGGCGGACGGGUUGUCGACCUAAGCGGGCGCAUAGUGGACAGGUUGUCGACUUAAGCGGGCACAUGGUGGACGGGUUGUCGACCUAAGCGGGCGCAUAGUGGACAGGUUGUCGACUUAAGCGGGCGCAUGGUGAACGGGUUGUUGACCUAAGCGGGCGCAAGGUAGACAGGUUGUCGACCUAAGCGGGCGCAAGGUAGACAGGCUGUCGACCUAAGCGGGCGCAUAGUGGACGGGUUGUCGAAUUAAGCGGGCACAUAGUGGACAGGUUGUCGACCUAAGUGGGCGCAUGGUGGACGGGUUGUCGACUUAAGCGGGCGCACAGUGGACGGGUUGUCGACUUAAACGGGUUGCACUGUAUUGAAGUUAAUAGUUGGGCCUCGAAAGCGGACUCUGAUGGUAUCAGCGAUCUGCUUCCUUUGACCACAUGCAAGGAAAAUGUAUUUGUGUAUCCUGUACAAGGACUUCAAUUUGAGCUGGGGGGGGGGGGUCAAAGGUCACAAUAAACCUUUUCACCUGUAUGAUUUGUUUUAUGAUUAUUAUAAAUAUCCGGAAUAUAUAACCUCUAAGCAUAUCCACACGUGUCAAAUUUCUAUUUUCCGCAAUCAAUGUAACUGGACUAAAAAGAUGAACGCUCCCGUGUGGCGUGUGUUCAAGCAGCCAUGUUUGUUGGCGUCGGGCCUUUUGACGAUGGGGCAACGUGGAUUACAUGACAGGAACGUCACUGGUGUUUAAAGAAAAGUACAGGAAACACAUUUCAGGCGUGUGGUUUUAUGGCCUUUCCUGUGCCUCAUCGGUGGCGGUUCAAGUCUUGAAUUGUGACGCCCCCCCCUCCACCCCUCCCGCUCCUACCUGGUUGAUAUCAAGGGCUAACAAACAGGAGUGUGCUAACAUUCCAAUGGAGACAUCUAUACUGUAAAUGCACUGUAAACCUGUGUUGUCUUAGUUGACUGACUGUAAAUAACAUAGAAGUACUGUAGUACUGUAGUACCGUGUUACCAGCUAUUUAUUUUACUCGUGUCAUUACCAACAUUUCAGUCUUCAGAAAGAGGUGCAAUGUGUAUGUGUGUGAAUAAAAGCCAUGGUGUGAAAGGACGCAUUUGAUGCCUGAAUUCUGUAAUGUUCAUUUCCAUAUAGCUUCCCAACAAGGAAGCUAAAAAUAAAGCGGUGCCACCUCGGUGAACAGAUGUUUCCCACAUUAAGACGUCUUUGACGGACAAAAUAAAGCAACAUUUGACAUCUUCAAGGGAGGAAUCAAGAAGCCGUGUCCUCUCAACACUGACCUGCAGCAUCAGCACCAUCAUCCACCAAUGUCUGCAUCAUCCC